AUGGUGCUUGUAGUAAUUAAUGAGAGGCAUAAUCUAUAUAUAAUAUAUAACUAUAAGAUUGUAAGGAGAAUUAAUGUCGUGGCUCCAAAUUUGUCAUGUUCCACGCUCCUGAGGGUGGCGGCGCAACAACCGCCGGUUCCUGAGCUGGGAGACAACUACAUCUCUUGGGCACUUGAACCCUCGGGCAUAUUCUCGGUGAAAACAGCUUAUUCCUUGCUUGCAGAACCAUUGUGGAGUAUGAAAGAGCCUAUUUGGCGACUGGUAUGGCAAUGGCGAGGCCCCCAAAGGAUCCGAAUAUUUUUGUGGCUUGUGGCUCAUGAGAAACUACUGACAAAUAGCCUGCGAGUAUCACGACAUCUAGCAGUCUCAGGGCUGUGUGACUUCUGCUCCUCUACUGCAGAAACAAUCCUACAUGUGCUAAGGGAUUGUCCAGGUACACGCUCAGCAUGGUACAGACUAGUCCCGAGGAAUAUUCGUGAUCGGUUUUUCUCAGAACCCCUUAAGCCUUGGUUGAUGUUGAAUCUGGGGAGUUGUGACGAGAAAUGGUCAACUCUGUUUGGUGUGGCAUGCUGGUUGUUAUGGGGAUGGCGUAACAAAGGCCUCUUCGAACAGGACUUCGUUCGACCAAGGGAUGAAGUUCGAGCUAUUCGUGCAACAGCGCACAACUUCGAACACGCAAGGGAUCUGCGGUCCAACACCUCUCAGCCGAGGAGGGAGUGGAGGUGGAUUCAAUGGAGGCGGCCUCCCCCAGGGUGGGUUAAGGUCAAUACGGACGGUGCAUCGCGAGGUAAUCCGGGAAUUGCAGGGGCUGGAGGUCUACUACGGAAUGAUGACGGGCACUGGAUUUGUGGAUUUUUGCACAAUGUCGGCUUUGCAACCUCGACGAUAGCUGAACUCUGGGGUGCUCUGGUGGGACUACAGUUGGCUUGGGACCGUGGCUACCGGCACGUAGUCUUGGAACUCGACUCCCAAGUGGUUCAGCGACUGCUAUCAGAUGGUUCUACCCAUAAUCAAUGUCUCGAACCGCUAGUGAGCAGCAUUAGCGAUAUUCUCCACCGUGACUGGCAUCUAGAAGUUAGUCAUACGUACCGCGAGGGCAACGCAUGCGCUGAUUGGAUGGCUCGAUGGGCGGUUUCCUUCUCAUUGGGUUCACAUUUCUUAGUUGCUCCCCCAAUUGGUCUUCACGCUCUCCUUGAGGGCGAUCUUGCAGGGGCUUCCUUACCCCGUUAUUGUGUAGCGUAG